AUGGAUUUUGACAAGAAAGGAGGGAAAGGGGAGUCGGAGGAGGGCCGGAGAAUGUCCAAGGCCGCCGGCCGGAGCAGCCACGGCGUCCGGAGCUCGGGGACCAGCUCGGGGGUCCUGAUGGUGGGCCCCAACUUCCGGGUCGGGAAGAAGAUAGGCUGUGGCAACUUCGGGGAGCUCCGGCUAGGAAAGAAUCUCUAUACAAAUGAAUACGUAGCUAUCAAAUUGGAGCCCAUCAAGUCCCGGGCGCCACAGCUGCACCUGGAGUACCGCUUCUACAAGCAGCUCAGCGCCGCAGGUACCCCGGGGCCGGGUGUGGGAGCGCGGGGGGAGCCCGCCUGGGCGUCCCGUGAGUCUGUGUGUCCUCCGCCCGCAGAGGGCGUCCCUCAGGUCUACUACUUCGGCCCGUGCGGGAAGUACAACGCCAUGGUGCUGGAGCUGCUCGGACCCAGCCUGGAGGACCUGUUCGACUUGUGUGACCGCACAUUCACGCUCAAGACGGUGCUCAUGAUCGCCAUCCAGCUGAUCACGCGCAUGGAGUACGUGCACACCAAGAGCCUCAUCUACCGCGACGUGAAGCCCGAGAACUUCCUGGUGGGGCGACCGGGCACCAAGCGGCAGCACGCCAUCCACAUCAUCGACUUCGGCCUGGCCAAGGAGUACAUCGACCCCGAGACCAAGAAGCACAUCCCGUACCGCGAGCACAAGAGCCUGACGGGCACGGCGCGCUACAUGAGCAUCAACACGCACCUGGGCAAGGAGCAGAGCCGCCGUGAUGACCUGGAGGCGCUGGGCCACAUGUUCAUGUAUUUCCUGCGUGGCAGCCUGCCCUGGCAGGGGCUCAAGGCCGACACGCUCAAGGAGCGCUACCAGAAGAUCGGGGACACCAAGCGGGCCACGCCCAUCGAGGUGCUCUGUGAGAGCUUCCCAGAGGAGAUGGCCACAUACCUUCGCUAUGUGCGGCGCCUGGACUUCUUUGAGAAGCCAGACUACGACUACCUGCGCAAGCUCUUCACCGACCUCUUUGACCGCAGCGGCUUCGUGUUCGACUACGAGUACGACUGGGCCGGGAAGCCCCUGCCCACGCCCAUCGGCACGGUCCACACCGACCUGCCCUCGCAGCCUCAGGUUCGGGAAAAAGCCCUGCUAUACAGCAAAAACCAGGCACUGAACUCCACGAACGGGGAGCUGAAUGCCGACGAUCCCACCGCUGGCCACUCCAACGCCCCCAUCACGGCCCCCGCAGAGGUGGAGGUGGCCGACGACACCAAGUGCUGCUGUUUCUUCAAGAGGAGGAAGAGAAAAUCUCUGCAGCGACACAAGUGACCCCGGGGCAGUGGCCUCUGAAGCCUCCCGCUGCAGCCCCUCGGGGCCCGCUUGUCCACGGCCGCGUGGCCACCGCCGGACGCAGACUGCAGGCCCGGCAGAGCUGCCGGCCCCCGCGUGGGGUCACUUCCUUCACGUAAGACUUUGGCCGAGAUUUCUACACCUGUGUCUAGUCCUCCCCUCCGAGAGCAUUAACUAUUUAAAACAAGGAAGAGAGAAAACCACAGCGGCCGCCCUGCCUUGUGCCCCUGCGCGUCUGCUGAGUGAGUAGCGUGGCCGCCUCCGUCCAGCCCGCCGCUCGCCCGUUAGUGUCAUAAAGUGCAGCUUGUCUCCCUCGAUCCAAAGGCCGUUUUCUCGAGGGGGCGCUGCGGGGCGUUGCUGCCAGGGGUGAGCCCGCCCUGGGCCUCCCCAGACCAAAGGGGAAGGCGGGAUGGGAGCGGCCCCCAACCAAAAUGCUGCACCAAAGCCUAGGCCGGCGGGCGCGGCCCGCGGGGGUCCUGCGCACCUGCUCGUGGAGCCGCCGGCCUGGAACUCGGGGUGGCUACCGCGUGGCCCGUGGGCGGCGCGUGCCUGCAGGCUCCUUGUGUCGCUCUGCGCUGCCGGCCGAGCCGUGGAGACAAGCGCCUUAAAGCCCAUCCGAGCCCCGCAGGUGCGUGCGGAGCGGGCAGCCCGUCAAUGCGGCCCCCGUGGUCCCCUGGGGCCCGCGUGCUGAGGGCAGAGCAACUGGGGGCGCCCCGCGUGUGCGUCUAGGUCUUGCUUUACAAAAAGUGUACAGAAAUGGCAAUUCCGUUUCUCUGAUGCUUCCUGGAAGCCAUAGAACUUAGGGGCUUUUUUAAAAAAAUAAAGGAAAAUGAAACCAAUUCCAAGCGUGGUGUCCAAUCUUUCCAAGGGGCUUGGCUGAGGCAAGCAGCAGCUCAGAUAGCCAAGUCCCUGGGAAGGGACAGGCUAGGAGGCAGGACAACUUGGGGAAGGAGCCAGGGAGUGGCAGCCCCCUUGCUCAGGAGAAAUGAACGGUCGGAAACAAGGUAACAGAACUGAAGUGAAUGUAAGAACCGGGUUUGGGACUUCCCUGGUGGCGCAGUGGUUAAGAAUCCGCCUACCAAUGCAGGGGGACACAGGUUCGAGCCCUGGCCCAGGAAGAUGCCACAUGCCACGGAGCAACUAAGCCCGGGCGCCACAGCUACUGAGCCUGUGCUCUAAAGCCCGCGAGCCACAACUACUGAGCCCGCGUGCCACAACUACUGAGCCUGUGCGUCUGGAACCUGUGCCCUGCAACAAGAGGAGCCACCGCAGUGAGAAGCCUGCACACCGUGAUGAAGACCCAACGCAGCCAAAAAAAAAAAAAAAAAAAGAACCAGGUUUGGUCUACUUGGCGCUGGUGGAAAAAAGAGCCAUUGAAGUAAAUCACAGUGAGAACAGCAGACACGGGAGCUGAAGGACAGGCUCCUUGCCCUUGUCUGCACAAGUCCAUCUGAAACCCUAACCCUAAGCCUUCCCUUCCAGGAGCAAAAAGGUACCAGCUAUAUGUGAAUGGUUAGGUCUUGAGUGAACCCAGCAGCACAAAGUGGGAAGCCCUGUGACGGCGUCACAGUCACUGUGGAUGGGGCUGAGGAAAAAUGACCUUGGUGGCUACGGACUGAUUGUUUAUGUCCCCCAGCAUUCAGAUGGUGCUGCCAGACCCGCAGUGGGGGCAGUGUUAGGAGGCAUGGGGCCUUCAUGAUGGGACUAGGGUCCUUGUAAGGAGAGGAAGAGAGACCAGAGCUCUCUGUGCCGGGUGAGAAUGCAGCGGGAAGGUGGCCGUCUGCAGGCCGGGACGCGGGCCCUCACCAGGAACCAGCCACACCGAUCUCGGACUCCAGCCUCCAGGAGAGUGAGGAAUACCAUCUGUGGUUUCAGCCUGUGUUGUUCUGUUACGGCAGCAUCAGCUAAGAAAGCACAACAGCAGCAGUUCUUGAAACAGUUUCACAAGGAUUCCAGGUAGUUGAAAACGAUGGUAGCCCACCGUCUGUCCCAAACAACGCAGAACCACUGGGAGGAAUGCCUGCUGUGUGCAGCGUCCUGCCCACACUUCCAAAGUAAGUAACACCACCAACUCCCCCGUGGGAGCCUGGCCUCCCGCCCACCCCUGCCUCUCUGCUGGGCCGUGUGGGAGCAUCAGCAGGGGGCAGCCAGCCAGGUGGGCAGAAGCCAAAAGGCAGAGGUUCACAGCACAACCUGAACAUGUCCUGUGCCCCCGCCAGGAACCUCAGCCUCCCCAGGAGAGAGCAUGAGGUCGGAGAAGGGCAAGACUGUCCCAACAGCGUCGGAAGAUACGAAACCAUCUUGGAUCAGAAAUUCAAGAACAAGGGACGGACACAGACAAAAACCAGACUUGGAAAUGGCUGAUCCAAUUCUGGAAGGACAUGAAAGAACAAAUGAUUUUAGAAACGAAGGAUAAACUGUAAGGUGCCCGAGGCUCCAGGGAAGAUCUGAGAAAAGGCCUGGGAAGCAGAACAAGACGGUGAAGAGUUGACGCAGUUGCUGACGCAGGAGAUGGUGGCCGAGUGAGUGUCGGUCUCAGAGUCUGAAGGAGAUCAGAGCGGGUAUUUAAAGCUGUUGCUGGGAGUUCCCUGGUGGUCUAGUGGUUAGGACUCUGCACUUUCACUUCUGUGGCCGGAGCUCAAUCCCUGGUCGGGGAACCGAGAUCCCGCCAGCCACGCAGCGCAGCCAAAAAAAUAAAAAAUAAAGCUGCUGCUGAAGGGGACUUUCCAGGUAGAGCCCGGAAUCUCCACCAUGACUGUGGGAGACAGUCACCCACAAGGCACAUCCUCGCACGGAUGUGGGACGACCUUGCGAGGAUGUGCAAGGGGACGGCCGUGAUUGGGGCCUGCAGGCAGAGAGGUAGAAUCACGCACCGAGGCCCGAGAACUCGGCAGCUCAGCCUUUUCAGAAGCUGGUGGAACGAGCCUGAGCUGAGGCUUCCACGUGCUGCCAGGGUGUCCCUCCAGCACCGAGGCCUCGGAAGGCCAGUGCUGCCUGGCCCGGGAUGGACGGGUAGAGGCCACCUCUGUGUUGUGGGGAGGUGGAAAUGGCGCAGCUGGGAGAGCAGGCGGAGAGGAGGCCAGGCCCGCCCUCUGGCGGUGACAGAGCCAGAGGGGGUCUGCUCAUGUGGCGGUUUUCGUUAUAAACGGAAUGAACGCAGAAGAGAGGGGCACCUGUGUGAUGUUGGCCUAUUCCCACUUACCCCCACUUGUACUAUUUUUGCCAUUUAUUUUACUUCUGACAUAUGUUAUAAGCCCGCAAUUCCCUGUCGUUGUAUACGGUCAAGUCUUUCAAAUACAUUUUUUUAAUAAAUUAAUUUAUUUUAUUUAUUUUA